AUGGCUAUGGUGUUGCGUUAUGUGGACGACAAAGGGCAUGUAAUUGAAAGGUUUGUGGGGGUUCAACAUGUUACCGACACCACUUCAAGUUCACUAAAGGAUGCCAUUGACAUAUUCUUUUCUUCCAAUGGUUUGAGCUUUUUUAAGUUACGAGGACAAGGUUAUGAUGGAGCUAGCAAUAUGAGAGGUGAGUUGAAUGGCCUCAAAACAAAGAUUUUGAGAGAACAACCUUGUGCAUACUAUGUUCAUUGCUUUGCUCAUCAACUUCAACUAGCACUUGUUGCCGUAGCAAAGAAGAAUAUUGAUAUUGCCUCUUUCUUCACAACCACUAAUAGUGUGGUUAACCAUGUUGGAGCGUCUUGUAAGCGGCGUGAUGCACUUAGAGCACAACUUCAAGAAGAGCUUGUGAUAGCUUUUGAAAAUGAUUGUCUUAUAACGGGGCGAGGUUUGCAUCAAGAAACAAGUCUCAAACGUGCCGGUGACACACAGCUCACAUUACGUGCCGGUGAAGCAAAUAAGAUUCAAAGGGAAAUGCUUACUUUUCAGUUUGUGUUUCACCUAUUCUUAAUGAAAGCUAUAUUGGGACUCACAAAUGAUGUGUCACAAGCAUUGCAAAAGAAAGAUCAAGAAAUUGUGAAUGCAAUGGCUUUGGUGAAAUCAUGCAAGGAAAAGCUACAUUGGAUGAGGAAUAAUGGGUUUGAUGCAUUGGUUGAAGAGGUGUCUUCAUUUUGUGACAAACAUCAUAUUGAUGUUCCUAACAUGGAUGAUGCCUUCGUACUUCCAGGGAGGUCAAGGCGUAAUGCUCCAAUAAAGACAAAUCGUCAUCAUUAUCGUGUGGAGCUCUUUAUUUAUGUCAUUGAUGAGCAACUUACGGAGUUAGAUGAUCGUUUUAAUGAGGUAAAUACUGAGUUGCUUAUUUGUUUGGCAUGUUUGAGUCCGAAUGAUUCAUUUGUAGCUUUUGAUAAACAAAAGCUACUUCGUCUUGCUCAAUUUUAUCCUCAAGACUUUUCGGAUGGGGAUCUUUUGGCACUUGAAGAUCAACUUGAACUUUAUAUUCACUAUGUGUGUUCAAGUAGUGAUUUCUUUGACUUGCAAGGGAUUGGUGAUCUUGCAAAAAAAAUGGUGGAGACAAGGAUGCAUCGAGCAUUCAAUUAUGUGUAUUUGCUUAUUACAUUGGCUCUAGUUUUACCAGUUGCUACUGCUUCAGUUGAGAGGGCAUUUUCCGUCAUGAAUAUUAUCAAAGGUCCACUUCGGAACAAAAUGGGAGAUCAAUGGUUGAGUGAUAGCUUACUUGUUUAUGUUGAGAAGGAUGUUUUUGAUUGUAUUGAAAAUGAAGUUAUAAUGCUUCGUUUUCAAAAUAUGAAACCUCGUCGUGGCCAAUUGUAA